UCCGCUGGGUGACCUAGUGCUGGUAUUUAUUCGCAUGUGUAAAAAUUACUCCUUCCGAAAAUUGUAAGUAGGCGUUUUUUCUGCUUCAGAAUCGUCGAAAGCUCAAUUUCGUCUGUUAAAGUUUAUUGGAAACCCCCGUUAUAUCCGAAAGGCGUUUGAAAUCGGACACCGCUGGCGCUGAGGCCCUCACUUUUUUUCGCGGACGGAUACGUUGUUACGUCUGACAAUGUGGACGGAGGUGGUGAAGAUGUCUACGAGAAGAAUGAAAUCAUCUCUGUAGUAACAACAAGAAAGGCAGACGCGAGAUUAGUUACUAUAGCAGAAUUGUUUGCACCCAGUCGCUUUACAUUGUAGCACACACGUGGGCGCUACGUGUAGAAAAGGCAGACUUCCCGGGGACAAAAGAAAGACAUCCACUGUGCUCCAAUGCGUUUCAUGCACUGAGGUCGAAAUUCUCUUGAAGUUUUAUGUUUUUCCCCCCUUCGAGUCUCCGCUUUUCUUUUUCACUGUUGGAUAUCACACACGGAGAGGAGAGGGUUUGUUAGAGACUGAAGGGUAUGAGCGAACAGCAGCAAAGAAUGGCUGCAGUGGAAACUGACAAGGAACUCAGCGACCUCCUGGAUUUCAGCGCGAUGUUUGCGCCUCCAGUAGCCAAUGGGAAGAACAGGACCAUGACUCUGGCCAGCACUCAUUUUGCUGGGUCAGCUAUCGAUGAGCGCAGUGGCUCUGGGUCUUGGGCCUCUGCAGAACAGAACAGCCCCUCUUUCAGCCAAGGACGGAGCUAUGCAGAGGGAUCCCACUUCAGUGAGCAUGAAGGCUUGUCCUCUCCGUUUAUCAGUUCAGGGAUUGCAGGUAAAAGCGAGAGGCCACCGUACACCCCCUUUGUAAGCCAGCCUGGUUUAUUUCCAAGUGACAUAGCGAUGCCCAGCCCAGAUGCUUUGUCUCCCUCGGGCAUAAAGUCAGGCUCUCAGUUUUAUCCGUCAUAUCCCAACAAUCCCAGGAGAAGGCCGCCUGAAGGAAGCCUAGAGACCCAGCCAAAAAAGAUUCGGAAACCCCCUGGUUUGCCAUCCUCGGUAUAUGCCACUACAACUGGAGAUGAGUUUGCCAGGGACAACGGAGGAUAUCCUGGCGCCAAACCCGGCGCUGUCUAUCCAGCCUCCUAUUACAUGCAGGAAGACCCAUGGUCAUCUUCUGGCUAUUCUGGGAUGUUGGGUAACUCUCCUCACAUUGGUCAGCCAGGCUCCUUCCCUGCUAUCAACCCACAGGACAGAAUGAACUAUUCUCUGCCCAGCGGCGAGGUCAACGGCUUCCACACCGCCCCCACCACCUACAACCACACACCCACCAUCAAUGGAGAGGGCAUCAUGGCCAGCCGAGGCACGACGGCAAGCAGUUCAGGAGAUGAAAUCGGAAAAGCUCUUGCUUCAAUUUACCCAUCGGACCACAACAGUAAUAAUUUCUCCUCGGCUCCCUCCACUCCUGGAUCUCCUCAGGCUAUUGCAGGAGCUCAGUCUCAGUGGCCAAGACCAACCACACCCAACUAUGAAGGGCAACCACACACACUGCAGAAUAAAAUGGAGGACCGCUUGGAGGAGGCCAUCCAUGUGCUGCGUAGUCAUGCUGUGGGCCAGAGUCCAGCAUUAGAAGGAGCCCACUCUGAUAUGCACAGCCUGCUGUCCUCUGUCCACAACGGGGGCCUUGGAGGACUCUCCCCUGCUUUCCCAAACGCCAGCCUUGCUCUUAGCAACAGACAUCCUGCUUUGCAGGGAGGGAAACAUGAGGAACCCACAGGACUUCCUCCCAGCAGCACCCUCCUGCAUGGCCAUCACGCCACUGGACCCACACCAUCUGUUGGCCAACCAGAAGGCUUUACUAGUCUCCCUGGCGGUUUGGCCCGGUCAGCUCACUCUUCCAGCAGCUCAGACAUCAAAAGAGAAGACAAAGAAGACGAUGAAAACUCAUCUAUUGCCGAUAAGUCAGAGGACGAAAAGAAGGACUCUAAGGCUGCACGUAAUCGAACAAGAAAGGAGGCGUUGACCCUCCAGAUGCUCUCUAGCCUAUCAGACCAGAAAGAUGAUCAGGACAAUGAGGACGAUGAGGACGUUCCCCCUGAGGUGAAGAUGGAGCGGGAGAGGGAACGGCGAGUGGCUAACAACGCCAGGGAGCGUCUCAGAGUGCGGGACAUCAAUGAGGCUUUUAAGGAGCUCGGGAGGAUGUGCCAGCUGCACCUCAGCCAUGACAAACCUCAGACCAAACUCCUCAUUCUUCAUCAAGCGGUCAAUGUCAUCCUCAAUUUAGAACAACAAGUCAGAGAGCGCAACCUUAAUCCAAAGGCAGCGUGUUUAAAAAGGCGUGAGGAAGAGAAGGUUUCCGGGGUGGUGGGAGAGGCCCCCAUGCAGCUCCCAGGAGGUCACCCAAAUAUGGGAGGAGAUGGACACAAUCCAGUUGGCCACAUGUAACUCCAGGUCUGGUGUUCUCCUGGCUGUCAGCGGAUGUGGCCUUAACAGAUUUCUUCCACCCAUUAUUCUCAGAGUGUGUGUGCGUGUGCGUGUAUAUAUGUGGACAUGUCUGUGUAUUGUCCGUUCAAGUUUCAUGAUGCACAUUCACAUACAUACUGCCAAAACUGACACAAUCUGUUUUCUCACUCCCAGCCAUGACUACAAGCUCAAAUGUGAAGAACUUUUUUUUUCUUGGUUUUGUCUUGUUUUGUUAUAUACGUGUAAUAUUUUAUUUACUUUAUUUUUUGGUUUCCAACAUAAUUGAACACCAGAGUACUUUUUGUCCUUCAAACACUUUGGGACUACUCACACUGCCAAGAGGUGCUCUGGUGGAGGAAUAAAAAGGAGACCUACACAAACACAAAUUAAAUCAAGGAUUUGUGCCUAAUUGUUACAUGUUUUCUAUUUGACAUUAAGGCAAAUUGCUUUACAUGUGAGGAACAUUUGUGAGGGAUUGCUUAUGUGUAUGAGCAGUUAUUUUUUUAAUGUAUGUCAUUCCCAGCGUGAUGGUACAGUCUUACAUAUGUUAUGUAACUCACAGCUGGAGUUGAACUGUCAAAAUUCGGUCACUCGUCCUCGAGCGUGUGGAGACUGGCGGAAAGUCGGCCCCGAUGUUUUUUUGACAAUUCAAGCGCAGCUUAUCUGAAAAGUGGGAGCUCAGACCAGACUUGGUCUCAACCCCUGGCAGUAUCUGGAGGCUUGGAAUCAAAGACUUCUUCCUUGAAAGUAAAGAAAUAUCCAAGUGAAAGAAUCGGUCAACAAAACAAACAAACAAAAAAAACUGUUCUUCCACUUUGUUGACCGAGCAUCGUCUCGUUUCUCCAGCAAGCCCUCGGCCACGCAUUCAGGUUUUUGUCCUGCUUUGUGUUGUAAAGCAUACAUGGACGAGACGAAGCACAGUUGGACCGAUUUAGGCUUGACCUGCGUCACAUUUCAGCCCCCCGACAGUCUUGUAUUAAAGCCAUCAAAAUCACCUGUAAGCGACCAGCAUCAGUUUUUAUGCUGAUCCGACAUGGUUUACUGACAGUGCCAGCGGAAUCGAGUGUUUUUUUUUUGUUUUUUUUUUGCCCCCAAACCUUUAUUCAUGUACUUUAAAAGGCAAACACAUCAAGGAGGGAUUUUCCUUUUUUUUUUUUUCUUCAUGGUUAAAGCAGAAGAGCCUUUUUUUUUUUAUUCCUAAAUGAGCAUUCCCGCUGAAUUAUCAACCCUUCACCUUCUUCCCGACCUUCAGCGUGUUCUCCCCUUUCUUACUGAGAGAAGUGCGACCUGUAAAUUCACUUCAUACAUUAUUCUGUUUCAUUUUUCAAAGGUAAAUAUAUAUAAAAAAUAUAUAUAUUUUUUGUUAGUCUAUACAUUGUAGAUUUUUUACAUAAAUGGCAAUAUUAGUUUGAAGUUUAGAGUGUAUUGUAGAUGAGCUGUAUAAGGGGAUAUUUAACAUUUAAAUGAUUUUCAAAACUAAAAUUGAAAUCAAACUGGGAUGACAGGAAAAGGAUGGACAAAUGAUAAAUGAACGUGUUUGUAAAUCCUUUUAAUAUUCCAGUUUUAGUUCAAAGGCACAUCAAUAGCCACCAAGUUGAAUGCCUUCUUUUCCAUUUGGGCAUAUCUGGACAAUUUGUGCCACAGUCGUGUGACAAAACAUCAGAAGGGAUUUUGCUUUUUUCCUUGUCUCCAACAGUAAUUAAUAUGCAACUGGUUUUUGAAUGUAGCUACCAUGCUAAAUGUGGAUUUGCCUUCAUUUUCAAAGUUGUUUCUGGGUUUUGUUAGCACAUUGUAAUAAAUUUCUUUUCACUUUUAAGUGUCUGCCCUUAAACUAAGCAAGUCUGUGUCUAAAGGCAGAUGUCUGGAUUUUUUUGGGGGUGUAAGGUAAUGGAUAUUAUUGAGAACAAAACAGUGUUAUUGUGAUGUUAUUCCCAUGUCAUGUUAAUUAUUUCUUUCUUUUUUUUUUUUUACCAACGUGUAAUCACAAGUGGGAGGUAGAACAUUUUGUGUGUUUCAUUUAUAUAAAAAAAGAAAAAAAAUGAAGAAAAAGACAUAUACAAAUCAAUAGUGUGGCCUUUUCAUUCUCAAGACUUAAGAUGUCACAAUGGGAGAGUGAUGCCUUAUCAGUGCCUGAACUUGUGUUUUCUUUUUUUCCAUUUAAGACAGUUUUAUGUUGUGUACCAUAUCAUUUCAUUUAUCUUGGAGAUUAAAGAGGUACUUGUUCAUUCCCCCCCAUCCUCCCUUUUCUCCAAAUGUUUUUCUUUUUCUUUUCAAUUUUUGAGGAAGAAGUUUAAAUGGUAUAAAGAGAUUUUCUUUCAGUGUACCUAGUUAAAUAAAUAAAUGUUAAGCAGAUCUUGUUUAGUUUAUUUCUUUUUUUCUCUGCUGUCUUUUCAACUGGAUUACAUUGUCAGCCUGCUGUUUUCAUUGAGGUCACUGGUCCAGGUUUUGGUGCCCUGUAAUUACAACAUUCAUAUGACAAGGUUAUAAAAAGACUGCCGUUUUCCUCAGAUCAGUUAUCUGCUUGGGUAUGUUGUAGGUGUGUUGCUUCAACUUCCAUGUAGGGAGGAUUUCUUUUUUUUUUUUUUUUUUAUACCUACGUUAGUUCAGUCAUUUUAAUAGGAGCGUUUUUUUUACUUGUUUUGCAGUGGCUUUAUGUGUAAUCAGUUAUCAUUUUCAGUUAAUUUUUUCAAUUUUUUGUGGCGUUGACUCAAGGAUUUCUGUCAGAUUCAUUUGAUUAAAAUCAGUAGUUGUGCUGGAUAUCUGAAAUUCAACGAAAAAUGUCUUAAUGUUUAUAACUGACAUGCCCAAAAUAUAUAGACUCACAAAUUCGACAAAUUUCUCCAAAACUUAAGGUUUCGGCUUCCAUUAACAAUAGCGAGCACUGAUUUUUGUAUUUUUUUUUAGUACGAAAAAAACAAUUUUUUUUCUUCCCCCCAUGACAUUAUUUAGCUGAACUAAAAAGGGACGCGACCAACAAGUAUUUCAAACAUUUAGAGUUUUUUUUUUUUUUUUAUUAUCUGGGUUGAGGAGAGUGUUGGCUUCUUUCUGACUCGAUCUCUUCUAUUUACAUACAAAUAGCUGAGAUUUGUCCUGUAUAUACCACUUAAUGUAGCAAUAAAUGUGCCAUUUUUAACAACAGAUUAUACAUUUUACAAUGUCUGGCUUUGGAAUAUUGUAUACAUAAAAAAAAAU